CUCCCCUGUAACCACUCAAAGCAUUAAUCGCCCUAAAACUCUAGCAUGUGCUUAGACCCAGUGAGAUCAUACCUGUUGGCUCCUCCGUAAAUUGCGCCCCUUGGCUUUAUGAACUUACUCAACAUAUUUAUCUGGCCUCGCCCUUGGUAACUCUGUAAUCUUCCAUUUUGAGUUCCCAUCUUCUUUCAUUACUUUGAGUUUCAUAUUUAAUUCUUGUACAACCAUUUUCUUUUAGACAGUCAGGAUGCUCGGCUUCGUGGCCCUCACGCUCUGGCUCAGCACAGCAAUUGCUGCUCCGGAUGACACGGCUUUAAUCCCCAGGGUCAAUUCAGUCGAGAUCCGAGCUCUGCCAAAUUCUCCGAGUGGUGGAUAUGCUCCGAAGGUAGUUGAUUGCCCUUCAACGCGUCCAAAAGUUCGUCUUGCCGAUGAAUUGUCCAGCGAGGAAGAGGCCUGGGUUCGACGCCGCAGAAACAACACCAUUGAUGACCUCAAGACAUUCUUGUCGCGAGCCAACAUUUCUGGCUUCGAUGCCGAGAGCUUCGUUGAGAAGCAUAAGAACAAUGCGACUGGUCUACCCAACAUCGCCAUUGCCGCGUCCGGCGGUGGCUAUCGCGCUUUGAUGAAUGGUGCAGGCUUCCUCUCAGCUGCUGAUUCACGCAACAACAAGACCGGCCCCAUCAGUGGCCUUCUUCAAUCGGCAACUUAUCUGGCUGGCCUUUCUGGUGGUGGCUGGCUAGUGGGUUCCAUUUUUGCCAACAACUUCUCAACAGUCCCAGACUUGCAGUCUGGUGAGAAAGUCUGGCGUUUUGACCGCUCCAUCUUCAAGGGCCCCAAGAGCUCUGGAAUCAGUCUUCUCAACACCGCCGAGUACUGGACUGAGAUGAAAGAUGCCGUUGACGACAAGGACAAGGGCUGGAAUACUACUCUCACCGAUUAUUGGGGCCGAGCUUUGUCGUAUCAGCUCGUCAAUGCCCCAGAGGGUGGACCUUCUUACACUUUCUCUUCCAUUGCCGAUACCUCCAACUUCAAGGAUGCAGACACGCCCUUCCCCAUCCUCGUUGCUGAUGGUCGUGCUCCAGGUGAGCGCGUCAUCUCCUUGAACGCUACUGUAUAUGAGUUCAACCCAUACGAGUUUGGUACAUGGGAUCCUACAACCUUUGGCUUCGUACCUACUGAGUAUCUCGCUUCCAACUUCACCAACGGCAGUAUCAGCUCCAAGGGUGAAUGCGUUCGCGGAUUUGAUCAGAUCGGCUUUGUUAUGGGAACGUCCUCUUCACUGUUCAACCAGUUCCUUCUCAACAACAUCACCAAGGUCGGCAAAGAGAAUGAUAUUCCAGAUAUUGUUGUCAAAGCAAUUGAAGGCGUCUUGGUUGGCUUAGAUCAGGAUGACGAGGAUAUCGCUCAGUAUACACCCAACCCCUUCUUCGGAUGGAACCCUACCGACAAGAGCGUCAAUUCCAAGGACCAUCAGUUGACUCUUGUCGAUGGUGGAGAGGAUCUGCAGAACAUCCCUCUUCACCCAUUGAUCCAACCCGUUCGUGGUGUUGAUAUCAUUUUUGCUAUUGAUUCGUCUGCUGAUACGAACAACAACUGGCCUAACGGUACUGCUCUUCGUGCUACAUAUGACCGUGUUGGCUCCAGCAUUGGCAAUGGCACACAAUUCCCCGCGGUCCCAUCAGCUGAGACCUUUGUAAACGAGAAGUUGAACCAGCGCCCCACGCUCUUUGGCUGUGACGCGAACAACUUCACUCUUUCAGACGGUGAGGUUCCACCUCCGCUGAUCUUCUACAUCCCCAACGCUCCCUACACCUACCACAGCAACGUGUCUACUUUCGACAUGUCGUAUACCACUGCCGAGCGUGACAACAUCAUUCUCAAUGCUCUGAACGGAGCUACCCAAGGAAACGCCACUAUCGACAAGGAGUGGCCUACCUGCGUUGCAUGCGCUGUCAUGAGCAGAAGCUGGUGGAAAGCAAAUGAGACUGUCCCCGAUGCAUGCAAGACCUGCUUCGAUCGAUACUGCUGGGACGGAAAGUCUAAUAACACUGCUGUCAAGAGCUACGAGCCCGAGUACAUCAUUGGAGGAAAUGCGACCGCGGAUGCGGCAGACAACGCAGCUGGAGCCAGGCUUGGUCCAAGCUGGUUUGUCUCGGCUGGUGUCGGAGCUGCUGCUUUGUUUGCUCUCAUGUGAUAGCGGGAAUUCAUUUGUAAUAUUUGAUAGAUUUUAAUUGUCAUACUUGUUCAACUUCA